GGACAUAUCUAAUAACGAGUUCGCUGGCCCCCUCCCUUCUGGUUUCGCCUCCUCCUCCCUCGCCUCUCUCCCACUCGCCACCUUCAACGUCGAAAGAAACUUCUUCACAGGGUCUGCCCGUGCCGAAAUCUCAGCUGGAAAACUUUCCUUCUGCCCGGAGGACCAGCAGGGAGGCUUCGCAGCAGCAAAUCUGCUCCCUUAUAGCCCGUCUCAGUAUGGUUCAGUGCGGGGGAACUGCCUCAACCCGAGAGGAGGGGGAGGGUGCGAGGGGGAGGGGAGGCAGCGGAAGAAGGGGGAGUGCUUGGCGUUUUGUGGGGUGGGGAGUGUGGAAGGAGUGUGUGGGGGGCAUGGGAGGUGCUUUCUCAAGGGGCCCUCAAGAGUGCCCGUGUGUGAGUGUGAGGAGGGGUAUUAUGAGGAUGCGGUGGAGAUGAAAGGGGGUGGUUACCCUACAUGUUCAGCGACUAAGCCUGAAAAUCCGCCUCCUCCAUUUCCACCAGACAUACCAUCAGAUGCAGCCAGAAAGGCCGUGCCAGCAACCACCCCCUACCACUUCAACCACUUCGUCCCUUCUCCUCAUCUGUCUUACUCCCUCCUCUCAGACGACCCACAGAAGCAGCGCCACCGGCCGGGGUUGAGAGACCGAGACUUCAAGGCCGUGCCGGCAACCACACCUUGCCGAUUCAACCCGCACUUCCGCCACGUGAACCUGGGGUUCAACGGCACGGCCGUCCAGCCUGGUGGCCUUUUCAGUCGACUCGAUUCAGCUCUUUUCCCUUCUCCCCAUCUCUCAUUCCCCAGCUUCAUUUCAGACGACUCGUUAAAGGGGCGCCACCGGCUGGGGUUGAGGGACCGGGAUUUCAAUGCCGUGCCAGCAACCACCCCUUCUCCCCAUAUCGCUUUUCCUCUCCAUGCAGACGACCCACAGAAGCAGCGCCACCGGCCGGGGUUGAGAGACAGGGAUUUCAAGGCCGUGCCGGCAACCACCCCCUCGCGCUUCAACCGCUUCUUCCGCCACAUGAGCCUGGGGUUCAACGGCACGGCCGCCCAGCCCUCUUGGGCAUAUCGAGAGGCGGUGGACUGGCGGGGGCUGGUGCUCGUGCGCGGGCGGAACGUGACGGUGGUGCCUCCGGUGAAAGACCAAGGCUUGUGCGCUGCCUGCUGGGCUCGGGUGCUGGUGGCAGCAAUAGAGGCAGUCUAUGCUAUAGCAUCUGCCUGCUGGGCUCUGGUACCAGUGGCUGCAAUAGAGGCAGUCUAUGCGAUAGCAUAUGGCGCCAACCAUCCCAACCUGUCCAGUCAGCAGGUGCUGAGCUGUCAGGGCACGUGGCAGUGCACAGGUGGCAUCCCGGCGGACGUGUUCCAGUUCGUGGCAGCUGUUGGAGGGGUAUCAGCGGAGAAAGCAGUGCCGUACACGGGAGUGGUGAACGCCAGUGAUUGUAAGCUUCUCCCAACAAGUUCGAAGCAGCAGAGAAAGAAGGCUGCAGCACAAGCCGUUAAGCCUGCACCUGCUGCCAAACGCAACUCGCGUCAGUCCAAACCACAACCUGCAGCUAUCAGGCCUACCACCGAACCUCCCACCAAGGCUCUAUCCGGACCUCUCACCGGACCUGCUUCCAGACCAUUGAAGCACCAGCGUCAGAAGGCUACAGUGCACGCAGUCAAGGUUGCAACAUCAGCUUCCAGGCCUGCUGCCGGACCUCCUGCCAGGCCUGCCAAAUCACGAGCGAGGGGAGUGCAGUCACCUUCCAAACCUGCUGUUGCUGGCAGAGGCCGGCAGGCUAUGGUUCAGGCGGCAGCUGAGCGUGUGGUGCCCACAUCAGCAUCCAUGUCAGCAGGCAAAACGCCAGCAGCCUCAACUUCAGUUACGAAGAAUGAAGACGACAACGACAAGCGCACGCACCCCUCCCCCUCCUUCUCCUCACUCUUCUCCCAACUCUUCCGCCGACUCAGAAGGCCCAUCCAGUCACCCAAGCUGCCCCCUACCACCCCGGUUCCCCCAUCCUCUUCCCCUCCUCCUGUCCCUGCCUUCCCACCUCAAGUUCCCGGCAUCCACCCCCUCUCCGGCCGCUUCUCCAUCUCCAUGUUCGAACAGGUGUCGGUCCCUGGUUGGCUGGGAAUGGUGCUAGCGCUGCAGGCGCAGCCAAUCAUUGCCAACGUGGAGGCGGAUCAACUCUCCUUUAUCAACUACCAGGGGGGCUUCAUCUAUGCGGACCUAGACUGUUUCGCGAAUGGAGUUGUGAAUCACAUCGUGCUGCUGGUGGGAUACAGCAUGGCUGGAGUGACGCCCUACUUCAUCCUGCAGAACACCUGGGGAUCCACCUGGGGCGAGGGCGGCUUCAUGCAAAUGGCCAUUGAAGCAGGCAACGGCAUCUGUGGCAUCAACACCACUCCUGCCUUGUACCCAGUGGUGGCAGGUUCGCACCCCUGUCAGCCCAUCAACCCGUGUGGCAGCGGCAAGUGCAGCAAUCGUGCAGGGAAGAGCAAGUUCCACGUGUGCUCCAUGUCAGCAGCCAACCCCUGCCAGGUGGGCACGUGUCUCAAUGACGGGGCGGGCGGCUACAACUGCUUGUGUUCGCCGGGGUUUGUGGCGGACGAGAGACCCGAUGAAACCCCUGUCUGCGUGCCAGUACAUCGCAUCCUCAUCAACACAUGUUUCCCCUUCUUCCGCUGUCGUCUCAUUCACUGUGCAACGUUUUCGAGACCUCUCAAAGGUCACCCUUCAUCGUCCCCAACUUCUUGCUCCGUCUCUGAUUCCCUCCCACCUCUUUGUCUCCCCCUCUCUUUGCGCUUUCAACCGGUGCCAAAACUGUGCCGCCCCAUCACCUUCUCCCUCUCCUCCCCCUCACAUUCCGUGCCAGGUGUCACUCCAUCAGAGGUCCACGUGGUGCCAGGGCUGACAUGUGACAGUGUGCGGUCGACAUUUGGCAUGUCAGAGGCCAACUUCACUCAGCUUAACCCGAAGCUCAACUGCUCCAGCCUUGCAAUUGGAGAUGACAUUUAUGCCAGCGAUGGCACCCUGUGUGCCACUCCCUAUACUGCCCCUGUCUCAGUCGUCCUUUGCUUGUUUGCCCCCCUCUUCCCCCCAUCCCAAUCCCCAACCCGCGUCCAGAAGCUCAACUGCUCCAGCCUUGCCAUUGGAGACGACAUUUAUGUCAGUGAUGGCACCCUGUGCGCCACUCCCUAUACUGUCACCACUGAUGACACGUGUGAGAGCAUCGCUGCAGCAUUCAGCAUGACUCGCUCGGAAUUCCUCAGGCUGAAUGACGACCUGCCGUGUGGGAGGCUAAAGGCCGGGCAACAGGUGGGAGGCAUGCGUGCUGUGAGAGCAUGGGUGCUCAAGGCAUGUGUGAUAGCAUGCCUGCUCAAGGCGUGUGUGGGAGCAUGGGUGCUCAAGGCGUUUGUGAAUGGGUGCUCAAGGCAUGUGUGCGUGGCGCAUGGCACACCAGACAUGCCAGCGUGCCAGGAGUUUGUGACUGUAGCGGAGGGCGAUAGCUGCGACACAAUCAUGAGGGCUGCUCGUCCCCCUCUGAGCGCCCAGGAGUUCUACACGUUGAACCCAGGGAUCAACUGCAAUGCGGGCGAGCAGAUGCUGCUGGGCCAACAGGUAUGGCACCUUCUUGUGCACAGUGGUUGCCACUCACUACUGUGA